AACUCCAUGCGCUGCCCUCAUGCAGAAACUGGGUUUCGGAGAGCAACCCGCUCACACAGCUGCUCCCUAUGCAUCAUCACUUAAAUUACUCACACGAUGGCAGGGCCACUGGUAUCAGCUCCUGCUUCUGCUCCCGAGGUGGAUGUUGAGGAAUUUAUUGAGAAUGUUGACGAAGUGCACCGGUUAAUUGAGGGCCUAAAAGCCGGAACGAUUUCGCCUGAUUAUAUCGAUACUAAGACAAAACUAAAGCAAGAGAAAGAGGAGGAGAAGAAGAAGCGUUCAGCAAAGGAAUCGGAGGGCCGCGGCCCCACGCCCGCCGCGCCAUCGACGACGGAGACAGCAGCAUCCUCCAAAGAUGAGGGUGAUGACGAUGCUGAGGACGAGCGCAAGGAGCGCGCUAUGGCGAAAGUCAAGGAGCUCAUCGCAAACCGGGAGCGCAAGCUGCGCGCUCGGGCGAUGUACGAGGAGUACGUAAGGACCAAAGAUCAAUCUCGCUUCGGUACAGACUACACGAAAUGGGACAUUUGGUGUCCAGACGACGAGGAGGACGACCUCAUCAACUCCGUUGGCCCCAACACGCCCCAGUUCCGUGCCAUGGAGAAGGACAUAGACGAGCGCCACAGACAGCUGGUGGAGCGGCGGCAGCUGGCGGAGCGGGCCCGCGUGGCCGGCAACGCCGCGUACGGCGCUCGGCAGUACAGCGAGGCUCUGCGCUGCUACCAGCAGGGGCUUGAGAGCGAGCGCACCAACAUGGCACUGCAUGCUAACGCGGCCAUGGCGGCGCUCAAGAUCAACUGCUUCGUGCAGGCCAUUGAGCACGCGGACAAGGUGCUGUCCAUUGCGGACUUCUUCCACAACAACAAGAACGACCCGCUGUGCGUCAAGGCGCUGCAGCGCCGCGCCGAGGCGUACCGGGCGCUGCAGCAGACCAGCCGCGCGGUGGAGGACCUGCAGGCGGCCCUGGACAUGGACCCCAAGAACGGCGAGGUGGCCAAGCAGCUGGCGCGCGCCCGGCUGGAGGACGUGGAGGCGCGCAAGCAGCGGGCCGUGGCGAAGGCUGUGGCCAAGAACGCCGCCGCCGGCGAGGCGGGCGGCGGAAGCGGCACGGUGGAGGCGGCCGGGCUGGCACUGGACCUGGGAAAGCUGGGGAGGGUGGAGAAGCUGGCGGCGGCGCUGGCAACUCCCCCGCCGCUAGUGGUGGCUGCGCCGCCUGCGCCGGCGUCUGCAGAGGACCAGGCAGCCAGCGCCAGCAGCAACGGCAGCAGCAAUGGUGUAGCGCAGGCAGCCGGGGCAGGGGAGGCGACGGCUCGGCGAGGGCCGGCGUUGCCCCCGCGGCCUGUCGGGAAGGGGAGCGCGGCCGCUGCUGCUGCUGCCCCAAGCUCGGGUGCUGCGGCUGCGGCGUCCACUUCUGGGUCGGGUUCGGUGGGAGUGGGCGGCGGCUCUGUGGCGGUCACGUGUGAGGAGCUGCGGGGGCUGCUGAACGGCGACGACGGCUGCUGCGUGUACCUGCGGGAGUGCGGCGGGCUGCAGAGCUUGGCCACACGGAUCAUCAAAGGUGCUCCGUCCGCUUCCUUGCCCGGCGCUGCCGGCGGCACCUCUGCCGGUGCCGCCGACAUGGCGGCGCUGCUGCUGGCGCUGAACGACGCCUGCAUGAACGACGGCAACCUGAAGCAGCUGCCGCCGCUCAAGGUGCUGCCGGCGGUGGUGGCGUGCCUUGACGGCGCCGGCGAGGAAGCUGCGGCGGCGGCGGUGGCGCUGCUGUGCACGGCAGUGACGAAUGAGGACGUGCGUAAGGAAGUGUCGGCGUUGUUGGGUGGCGCCGCCAGCAGCAGCGGCGGUGCCGGCGGCAAGAAGGACGCGCUGGACGGGCUGGGACGGCUGCUGCGUUUGCUCACCGGCGCCAAGCCCGCGGUGCAGGGUGUGGCUCUGGCGCUGCUGGGCAACUGCAUGGUGGACCGGCCCACCAAGACCGCCAUGACCGCGGCCUGGCGCGCUGAGUCCUCAGCCGCCUCCACCUCUUCCACCGCCUCCACCUCCUCUGCCUCCUCCGCCUCGGGCUCCGCCUCCUCCUCGGGCUCCGCCCCCAGCACCUCCGGCUCAGCCUCCGGUGCCUUCCUGUCGCUGCUGCGCUCGCCUGUGGGCGUGUUGGCGGAGAAGGCGGCGGUGCUGCUGGGCAACAUGGCCACAGACCCCAGUCUGCGGGCCGAGAUGCUGGCAAGGCACGGCAGCGGACUGGUGGGGCAGCUGUUGGCGCUGACGGCGCCGCCGCCGCCGCCGGUAGCCGGCAAGAAGCAGAAGGCAGCAGCAGCAGGUGCCGCAGCAGGGCCUGUAGUGGAUGCGGAGGUACGCCGGGCGGCGGCGACGGCGUUGUUCAACCUGACGAUUGAGGAGGCGGGCCAGAGGCUAGUUGCAGAGGAUGGCGAGGGGCUGGGGCGGUUGUACGCGCUCGUGUCGUUAGGCGGUGCGGACCGCACACUGGCCGCGCGCGCGGCGGGUGUGUGUGCACGUGCGGCUCGCGUGGCGCCCGGCGCGGCGGCGCUUCUGAAGCUGGGCGCGGUGGAGGGAAUGAUUGGCACUGCGGUGGCGGCACUGGAGGCCGUGGAGGCCGCUGGAGGUAGCAGCGCAGAGGCGGCGGCGGAGCGGGAGGCGACGCUGGCGAUCCUGGACGCGGCGGUUCGCAGCGUGACGAUCCUCACCACGCCCGAGGACGCGGCGCUGUCAGACCAGCUGCUGGCGGCCGGCGGCGUGGCGGCGCUGCUGCGGAUCAUUCGCGCCGCCUCCGCAGGAGGCAGCCUCAACAAGCCCGACAACACCGGCACCAGCAGCAGUAGCACCAGUAGCAGCAGUAGCAGCGGCACGGUGGAGUCGGUGCUGGGCAAUGCGGUGCUGUGCCUCGCGGGCGUGGCGCGGCGCGCGGAGCUGCUGCCGGCCCUGCGAGCUGCCGACCCGGUGCCGCCGCUGAUAAAGGUGGCGUAUGACGGCCGCGGCAACGCCGCCAGCAAGAACGCCGCCAUCUGCCUGGCGCGGCUGGCGAAGGACACACCCAUGCUGGAGCGAUUGCGGGAGCUGCACGGCAUUGAGAUUAUCUAUCAGUACGUGCAGCCGCGGUAAUGGACGUGCUAGCGGUUGGCGGCGGUGUGUGUGGCGGAGGGUGGGCUCGAUGAGGGUGGUGGUUAGCGAAGUGCUUGCUAGUGAAUGCUGGUUGUGAGGCCUGGUGAGGCGUGGGCGGGAGGACAGAAGGAGCUGGUAGGUAGAGGCAGGUGGAGGAGAGCCUAGGCGCAUGCUGAUAUCGAAGAUGCGUUCAGCUGAUUGCAGACAGGCUGCUUUAACAUAGGCGCGGGAAGAGUGCUGGCUGAAAUUCAUUGGCCGUGCCCAUUCAUUAAUGCAAGUUAUGCAACCGUGUUACCUUGUGAUGCCCGCCCCGGGUCAAUGCCGGGUGUUCCAACUGCGUUGCCUGAGAGUGCAUGUAGGACAGUGGGUGGUGCUGUACUGGUGGUGGCUGUGUAAAGCACUGCGCGC